UAGAUAACAUACGUGGUGCGGCCAUUCACAGUUGUAGACAAACGCUCCCAGAGUCUCAAUGAAUUAGAUGAAGCAAGGUCGGGUAGGAGCGGGGGCGUUUCCAAGAUGUGAUGUUAGGUCCCUGAAGAAGGGGUCACAGUAGUGCUCGAGACGGCGCCGAUGGCGAAGUGUGGAAAGUGAAUAAGAGCAAGCGACUUUGACGCGCGAAUCGCGUGUGUGUGCGUGUUUUGGUGUGAAAUGUGUGAAGGAAAUUGGGGGUUUUCUAUGGAGGAUAAUGAGCGAGCUGGACCAAGCUGAGGCGAAAAUCAUCUCCUCGACAUCCGCUCCAUUAAUCAAUGAUUCAAGAUGCAAACGAAGAACAUAAAUAUCGAAAGGGCGCCCAACAACAGCACAGAUGGAGGCGGUACACGCAUCAGUAUGCCUGAGAAGACAGUCUUAAUGAUACAGCGCGGCCCCCAUAAUUUUUUCGACGGUCUGCAGACGAAUGGAGAUGCAGACAGCGGUGCUCCACCGUUGCCACCCAGAACGGCCCUCAUUUUCACCCCUUUGCCCGCCGUUUCUAAACCACAAGUUGAGGUGGAAGGUUAUGGGCCCUACAAACCGGUUCCACCCCCAAAACCUCUACCCCAACAGCCUAUUUCGUCCCAACAAGGCUGUCUCACACCGCCCCCCUACAGGAUGCCCCCGUACCCCCUGUACAAUGAGCCUAGUAUUCCGGGAGCCACAGGUUUAGAUACUAGUCCUGCCACACAAGGGCUGCACACACACUCCAGCAAGUUUCCGAUCGAAAGAGAAGUGAUUUUGUCCAGUACGGACAAGAACUCGAAGAUCCCCAUUCUUCACGACUACAAGAAACGAACGAAAGGUGCCAUCGCUCCUGACGUCCCACCCAAACAAAUGGCUGCGUGGACGGCACAGGGCCAAACCCACCAGAUUCUGAGCCCUGAUCAGAAUCACACGGGAAUGGUACAAUCCCCACAUCAGCAAUCCGAGCAAAACGCAGUCUUCCGAGCCACUUACCACCCACCUCCGCAAGAAUAUUACAACGGACAAGCCAAUCCAUCAACUGGUGCUGUGCCGAGACAGUCGUGGCAUGGGGGCGACAACAAAUCCACUCCACGCCCUUACCCAGAAGACUUCUCCCAAAGCAACUCCCAACAAGUGACCGUACAAAUCGAACAACCGAAAGAACAAAAAGACAAAAAGAGUAUGACAAAGACAUACCACACCAUCAAAGACAUCAUUUCGAGUAGGUUCAAGAGUAGCAAAGACAACACCGAGGAAAAAAGUGAAGAACCCGGCUUGAACAACGUGGCGGAGGAAUUAAGGCGUAGCCAAAGAAACAUAGGAGAGGAACAACAAGAAAAAAAGACAGAACAAAACAUCUACGGCAAACCCAGAAUUGAUCCGAACAUUUCGCACCAACAGCACCAAUACAAUCAGCACAUCAUGCUCCAAGCGCAGCAAUACCAGGUCAACCAACAGCUCAAAAUGCAACAAACGAUGUACCAGCAGCAGCUAGUGCAAGCAAGGAGCCAGGAAAUGUUAGUCGCAAGACCGGAAGAACAAGUCUAUUACCAGAAUGCCUACGGGGCGACGCCCCAAAGGCCCGGAAAUAGAUUCGUCUCGCCGGCGAAUCGGGAACAGAACUACGUACAAAUGCACCAUUCGCAAUUUCCAGCCAAAGAAAAGGACGACCGACGCCAACCAAUCGCUAUGGAGCGCCGCAGCGCCCAACAAAUCGAGCGAGACAGCCAGCGUCAGAAAAGUUUCGAAGCUCGACGUGCCGCCUCCCACCCCCAGUUGGCCUACGACGACGAAACCAAAACCGAAGUCCCCGACAGCCGUCCCCAGCCUCAAGCAGCCCCCAUGCGGCGUGGUUCCCACGGGAACAUCAUGGAAGCGGCUGUGUCAACCGCCCCCGAUGCGGAAAAAGACAGCGACGAUGGCGGUUUUCUCAAACGAAACAAUUCCAAAGAGAAGAAAAAUCCCGAAAUCAAUCAAGAGGAAGACAGUAAAGUGACAGAAGCCCUUCAGGGAACUCCGCGUAAGCGUCUGGAAGGCGAAAUCGGGAAGAUCGAAGGCGUGUAUAAUGUUGGCCAGCGAUCGAAGGACGAUGAAGGGAGAGGGAAGAAGAAUCCUUCAGGAUCGGCUGCGAGUUCCGAUUAUGAUAAAGCGGGACAAUCGUCGUCGAAUGCCGACUCUGGGAGAGGCAGUGCUGCGUAUAGUAGUGGGAGGAGGCCUGGAGGGCUGGACUUGAAUGGGGAAGGGGACACGGGGCAGUUGCAAGGACACUACAGGGAUCAUCACGGAGGGCAUGAUUCCGAAUGGGUGGAUAUAGUCGAGAAUGAAUUGAGGCAUAUUCUUGAGCCAAAAUUGCACGAAUUGUCGUUACAAGGGGGCGUCGGAAUUGCGAAUUCGACGCUUAGUGAGAGCAUUUCGUCGAUGACUCCGCCACUUCCGCCACUUUCGCCCGGCGAACAGUCUUCGCCCAAUGUCACUCCGAGGAAUUCGACGAGAUAUAAACCCAGCAGUUUGCCAUAUGGAAGUAAACCGGAUUAUGAUGGCUACAAGUCCAAGCUUCACACAGGCAGGGAAACGAGCGUGAAUUCCCGAUGGCACAAUAACUCCAACCAGAAACAUCGCAGUACAAAAAAGAGUGACCAUAGUACCGCCUUGAGGGGCAAACAAAUUUUUGGCUUGGAUACCACCGAUUUGACUUCAACCACGACCCGGUCGUUGGAUCUCGAGUCAAUGUUGGACGGUCAAAGCGACUCAGACGGCGACAUAAGCACAACCGAUGCCAGAGCCAUCAGAAAGCAGUUGGAGGGUUUGGAGACUAUGUAUUCGGAAGUCCUCAAACUCCUUGGCGUUAAAAAAUACAGUGGUCGUUACCAGCCUUCAGAUCCUAGGUUUAGUAAGCGGCGCUACGGCAGUAUGUCUUCGCUGCCGUCCAGCUCGGUCAGCAGUCGGCCGAUCCGAGACAAGCGGCGCGCCCACGAAGACCGGAAGAAAGUCAGAGACAUUCGGGGAAUUAACAAGCGGUUUCAAAGGCUGGAAUCGCACGUUGUGACUCUAGCGAGGUCGGUCGCUCAUUUAUCUUCCGAGAUGCGGACCCAGCAUUUAAUGAUUCAAGAAAUGGAGAACAUUCGGGGUGAAAUAGCGGCGCUGAGGACCCAGACCAACAUGCUGAAUGUGAGGUCGCAGUCGGCGUCACGGGCCGUCAACACGUCCAAAGACUUACCGACUUUGGCGAACCCCACAAGAGUCAAAAAGUUGACGAAGUUUUUUGGAGAUGAGCCGCCAUUAUUGAGACUGUUUUUACGGAAACUUGGCUAUGAGAAAUACGCAAACGUUUUCGAGAGUGAGCGAGUCGGGAUGGUCGAACUGCCUUAUCUUAGUGAAGAGCGACUUCAGAAGAUGGGGGUGCCGUUGGGCCCAAGACUCAGGAUCAUGCAGGAAGCGCAGAUUUCGGUCUGCAAGGAUAACACGUUGUGUAUAGUUUAGGGAAGGGACAGUCAGACAAUACGUAGGAAAUUUAACCUAGUUUUAAGUUUGCUAAGAAUUUUUUAAAUAUUUAUUUAGUUAGUAAUUUUAGUUGUCUGAUCUGUAAGUGAUUGUAAAUGGCGGCUCAAAAAAGACCUCGGUUUUUUUAGUUAUAAUUUUGUGUGUACUUAAAGAUGUAUUUAUACGACGAUUUUUGUACAUAUUGAAAUAAACAGUUAAGUUAUUGCCAAUAAUACCAAAGAUUUGUUCUUUGUACUUUUCUACGUGAAAUAAAACAUAAUGGGUUUUGUAACAAACGCUUUUAUUUAUUUUUUCAAUAAAAGACUCCAUAUACAUAUUAGAAAUUUAGGCGUAACACCUAACGCCUGUUGCAAUACGAUAAUUUAAAGGAACUAAGCUACAUGAAACCAACUGGGUGAAGUCCUUCUCCAGACAAGUAGAAAGCACUAUAAGGCCUGUUAUUGAUUACAUAAUUUAGAAUUUGUGAUUGGGAU